CAAACACUACAAAGCCCAGUCCGACAUGAAGGGCCCAAUACCUCCCUCUCAAUCCAAGACUAGAAGAUCAACAUAAAGGUAUGAGAAUAGACAUGAAGAAUUAUAGUUAUAUUCUAAGAUUAAAUAGAGUCAUUUUCCUAUUACUAUAAUUUAUAGAUAUUACUUAAAGUACAUGUAAAACUCUAAUGUAAAGGCAUGGUCAAUCAUAGCUUUCUUGUUCAUAUAGACUCGCGCAUAAAUCAAAUACAAAGUUCCACAUUCCAUUGUCAUUUUUUGUGUUCUUAUUGUUUUCCGUUAUAGGUAUUAUUUUUGGGCACAACAAUUCCAUAAUCUUAAAUGGUAUGUUAUCUUAUUUUAUUCAAAUAAUUUGCGCACGAAGAUUAAGAAAUAUGUAAAAAACACGUUGUUGUGGGACGAAAAUAUUAAGUCGUUAGUAGCAAAUUUGACACAUUAUGCCAAUUACACCAUUACACUAAAAUAAUAGGCCCCAACAAUUCUAAUCCCAUUAAAAAUAAUAGGCCUGUUACACAAGGAAAGCCCAAAAGAAAAGCACAAGCACCCAAUUCGCCCACACACAGCAGCAGCCGUCAGAUCAAAAUACUAUACGCCAAUCUCAACCGUCAAUUUUAGGUCAAGCAAUUUGAACCUAUAAAAUCUAAUUCGCCCAUCCAAAUUUCUCACCAGCAGUUUAGGGUUUUAGUUUCUCGUCUCCGUCCACGCACAGAAAGCCCCAAAUCUGAAUCGAAGAGGUUAAAGUGACGGCGACACCGCUGUCCGCCUUGACUUAGCCACCGCCGCUCCGUCUUGGCCCUCAGUUUUGUACCUCCUCUGUUCAUAUCUAGGGUUUCGUACAUUAGACUGUUGUUGUAGUUCAGAAGAAAUGGCCCCCAAAUUGUCAAAGAGCGACAAGAAGCUUGCCUACGAUCAGAGGCUCUGCCAAUUUAUCGAUGAGUACACUCAGAUUCUGGUGGUGUUUGCCGACAACGUCGGUUCAACCCAGCUCCAGAACAUCAGGAAAGGUCUGAGAGGCGACUCCGUGGUUCUCAUGGGAAAGAACACUAUGAUGAAGAGAUCUGUUCGCAUCCACGCUGAGAAGACCGGGAACAAGGCUAUCCUCAACCUGAUUCCUCUCCUCGUUGGAAACGUUGGAUUGAUCUUCACCAAGGGUGAUUUGAAGGAAGUCAGUGAGGAGGUUGCCAAAUACAAGGUUGGAGCGCCUGCUCGUGUUGGUCUGGUUGCUCCAAUUGAUGUCGUUGUCCCUCCUGGCAACACUGGUCUCGAUCCAUCACAGACUUCUUUCUUCCAGGUUCUUAACAUCCCCACCAAGAUUAACAAGGGUACUGUUGAAAUCAUCACCCCUGUUGAGCUUAUCAAGAAGGGUGACAAAGUGGGUUCCUCUGAAGCUGCAUUGCUUGCGAAACUCGGGAUCCGUCCCUUCUCUUACGGUCUCAUUGUCACCUCUGUUUAUGACAAUGGAACUGUUUUCAGUCCGGAGGUGCUCGACAUGACUGAGGAGGACCUCAUUGAGAAGUUUGCCAUUGGUGUUUCCAUGGUUACAGCCCUGUCCCUGGCCAUCUCAUACCCGACGCUUGCGGCUGCACCGCACAUGUUCAUCAAUGCCUACAAGAAUGCAUUGGCCAUUGCAGUUGAAACUGAUUAUUCAUUCCCUCAAGCUGACAAAGUCAAGGAAUUCCUUGCCGAUCCAAGCAAGUUUGUUGUUGCCGCUGCCCCUGCUGCUGCGGAUGGUGGUGCUGCUCCUGCCGCAGCUGCUGCCAAGGAAGAGGAGAAGAAGGAUGAGCCUGCGGAGGAGUCUGAUGAUGACAUGGGUUUCGGUCUCUUUGAUUAAGUUGCAAGUCUGUUUCUUUUUGAAUUAUAGUAUCUCGUUUUUUGAACUUUUGAUGCAUUGUUUAGACCUGUUGCUGGAACUUGGAUUAUUUUGAUGUUUAUUAAGUCAUCUGUUGAAAACA